CUUGUCUUCUUCUUCUUCUCUCUCAUCAAAUCUCUGUGUUUUGUGAUUUUUGAGAGAGAAUUUGUUUGAGAUUUAGAUCUAAAUUUUUGUAUCCAACGAAAAAAAAAGAAUCAGAAAAAAUGGCAACAGUGUCUCCACUAGCGAAAUACAAACUGGUGUUCUUGGGAGAUCAAUCGGUAGGCAAAACCAGCAUAAUCACUCGCUUCAUGUACGAUAAAUUCGACACUACUUAUCAGGCUACCAUUGGGAUUGAUUUUUUGUCCAAAACAAUGUAUCUUGAAGAUCGAACUGUUCGUUUGCAGCUUUGGGAUACUGCUGGGCAGGAGAGAUUUAGGAGUCUCAUACCAAGCUAUAUCAGAGAUUCUUCCGUUGCUGUAAUUGUCUAUGAUGUGGCUAAUAGGCAAUCAUUUUUUAACACUUCUAAGUGGAUUGAGGAGGUACGAACAGAACGAGGCAGUGAUGUCAUUAUCGUCCUAGUUGGUAACAAAACUGAUCUUGUUGAUAAAAGGCAAGUCUCUAUAGAGGAAGGAGAUAGCAAGGCAAAAGAGUUUGGAGUGAUGUUUAUAGAAACCAGUGCAAAAGCAGGAUUCAAUAUUAAGCCUUUAUUCCGGAAAAUUGCUUCAGCAUUGCCGGGGAUGGAAACACUAUCUUCAACGAAACAAGAAGAUAUGGUUGAUGUGAACCUCAGGUCUACUGUCAAUUCAUCACAGAGUGAGCAGCAAGGAGGUGGUUGCGCAUGUUAGAGAGAAAUAUAUUCGGGGGAAAAAAAUAUAGAAAUUGAAGCACUUUCAAUACUCAAGUUAUACCCAAUUGAAUUUUAAAUUAACAAGACGAAUUGGUGAUUUUGACAAACUAAUUUGACAGCAAGAGGAAGAUAUUACAACAGAUUGGUGUUGGUGUUAAAAAUGCAAUCAUAUUUCAAAUGUCUAUGGGACGGAAGGCUAUAUAUGCUUCAAACUGAAGAUGGUAGAUUUGACAGAUUGAAUUGUUUCAUUAUAUUUGUUAAAUAUUUUUUUUUUUUUUUCUUGGUUUUUUCUUUUUGUUGAAACUUAUCUCCUCACUAUGAGUAUUUUGAACAGUAAGCUCUCUUUUUUCUUUUUUC